ACCCAACUCAAAUCUCCAGCCUUAUCUCUCUUCUCCGCGUUUCUCCUCUCCAUUCUGCUGACAGUAUACCACAAAAUGGCAAAAGGAAAGCGAGAAUUGCUGUCAAAGGCUCCAUGGAGAGGCGACGAUUAUGACGACGAAGCCGACAAGUUCAAAGAUGCCAAGCUCAAAGUCACCAGUCAACCAGGCUCCACUCCUACUAUGCACGUCCCCCGCAAAAAGAACCAAAAAAUCGCUGAUGACGACGACGAUGAGGAUGACCUUCUUGAGCUAGACCCAGAACUUCGUUACAGCUUCCAGCGAAAUUUUCAGUUUCUUCAAAGAGUGUUUAGUAUUGAUACUGUUGUGAAGCCACUUCCGCCUGCCAUGGCUUAUAAUGUUUCUCGUAAUUUGAGCUUCUUUGGCCGUAUCUUCACUCAAUUCUUUGAUCCUGAAGGUAUUGCAAAUGCGCAGAAAUCGCUUGGACUAGGACAAGAAGAGAAAGAUCGUCGGGUCCGUUGAGAAACAAUUUCUUGUCAUUUCCUAUUGUGUUUUGAUUGUAAUAUUAGUUUUGCUAAGAUUUUGUUCAAAGUAAAUUAUUUUCUGAUAUGAGAGCUUUUACCAUAAUCAAAAAAUCCAGAGCGGAUAACCUAA